CUGUGUACGGGAGAGCACGGGCAAUGACGUGUUAAUAGGACUGUUGUGUUUUGUUAUGUUCACAGAUGAUGUUUCUUUUAUUUCGGAUGGUGAUCAGUGCACUCAGCUGAUGCUGGAGCUGUUUAUGGUCCGGGUUUCUGAGAUGAGUUCCGCCGUGCUUUGGGAUGCGCAGUGCGCUUUGCUGCCGCUGCUGACUGGGACUGCUGCAGUGUAAACAAGACUGUCCGAGCCUGCAGCGCUGCUGUCUGUGGGCGAAAAGAUAACGACACACAGAGGUACUGGUAGUUGACUUUUCAUCUUAAGCGAGCACAGUUUCAUCAUGAACCCUGCACAAGGACUUCAUCUCUGCAGCGAAGAAACUGGCUUUCUUUUCUAAUUAAACUAGACAUCUGUCAGUCAGCGCAGCUGCUACUUCUAAGAAACCAACAAACGCUGAUCAUAUCGUUUGUUUAUUCAGAUGGACUUUAAUGCUGAGGAGGUAUCAACUCCUCCUUGAAUCUCAGGAAAAUGAGUGACAACAAGGAGCCCGAAGAUGCUGCCGAGGACACGACUCCGUCCGGGAGCGCGACCUUGCCGCUCCGGCCGCCGUGCGAGCGCCUCCCCUGCCACAAGAGCAGCGUCUGCUCCCGCUCUUACUUCGUGGUGGUGAUGGUGUUUUUUCACGUGUACAUCAUUAAUGUUAUAGCACUGUUGUUUUACGUGCACUACAGCAGCGGGCAGGAAGAUGCCAGCCGGAGUCAUGAUACUCCGCGCAGUGACCACCAGCGCCCUGAGUCGCGGCGUCCGCCAUCAAAGCCCGAGUUCCUGCGUGAUGUUUCCUUAACAAGAGUCGAGGGGAUAAGGGUGGGACACGUCCAGAAGGUGUCACUGGUGCCAAACAAAGUGCAUGAAAUGCGGACUCUGAGUAUGAAACCUCUGCUGUUUGAGAUCCCCGGGUUUUUGUCAGAGGAUGAGUGUCGUAUUGUGAUGCAGCUUGCACAGCUGAAGGGUCUAAUGGAGAGCCAGCUAAUGGUGCAAGACGGCCAGGAAGAACUGGCCAAGGAGCUCAACCUCAGCCCAGAGGAGAUCUUCAACCUUCUUGAUAUCAACCAGGAUGGACAGUUGCAGCUCCAUGAGAUACUGACUCAUUCUCGAGUAAGGGACGGCAUCUGGCUCACACCGGAGAAUCUGAGAGAAAUCUAUGCCGGGCUCAAAGCUGAUAAGGAUGGUAAUGGUUUACUGAGUCUAGAGGAGUUCAGGCUCCUGAGCAGUGAUGCCUUCCAGCGCUUCCUGCUGCAGCGAGGGGUGAAGAGGAGUCAGCUUGUGAGGAACAGCAGACACACCUGGCUGUAUCAGGGCAAAGGAGCACACCAGGUCCUCCAAGACAUCAAGGCAAGAGUGAUUCGUCUUACUCGGCUCCCGCCCUCAUUAGUGGACCUGAGUGAGCCGCUCCAGGUGGUUCGCUAUGAGGAGGGAGGACACUACCACGCCCACCACGACAGCGGCCCCGUGUAUCCUGAAACAGCCUGCACACACACGCGCCUCGCGGCCAACACCUCCACUCCUUUUGAGACGUCUUGCAGGUACAUCACAGUUCUCUUCUACCUGAACUCUGUUGAGGGGGGCGGGGAGACCGCAUUCCCUGUGGCAGACAACAGGACCUAUGAUGAAGUGUCUCUCAUACAGAAUGAUGUCGAUCUUUUGGACACAAGAAGGCACUGUGACAAGAGUAAUCUGAGGGUGAAGCCUACCAAAGGGACAGCUGUUUUCUGGUACAACUACCUUUCUGACGGUAGAGGGUGGGUGGGCGAGCAGGAUGAAUACGCUCUCCAUGGUGGCUGUAUGGUCACCCACGGCACUAAGUGGGUCGCAAAUAAAUGGAUCAACAUUGAUCCGGAUUACCAGCGGCAGGCUCGCUAUCAGCAGCUGGUUUCACAGCAGCUGGAGGAUGAGGAUGAUGAUGACGAUGAUCUGACUCUGGACCCAGACACACACACUUCUGAUAUCCAUCAAGACUUGUAGCUCAUAAACCAAAUUUAUAUAUGUAAAAAAAAAAUCUACCUAGCCUUCCUCAGUCCUGUGCACAACUUCUUUGGCAACGUUCUCUGUGGCCGGUAUGUAGAGACAAGACUUAUUCAGGGAAAGAGGUCACAGUGGGUUUAUGCAACUGUAAAGAGAUGCUUUUGUUUAUUAUUGCUUGGAUUUUGUUAUCCUGUUAUUUUUUAAUCUCAUAGAAUUCCCCAUUUUAGGAAUGUUGCACUAGAAACUCCAUAAAGUCGAGUUGAGACAAAUUAAAAAACCCUUUGCAUGCAUUAGCUUCACAGGUUUUGCUGUUGCUAUGAGCAGAAAUUGCACUUGAAAAUUGAAAUGGCUGCUGUAAACAUUUCAAUGUCCUACCUUGUUAUUGCUGCCAUUACCAAAAAGGCUCACACACUGUCAGUGUGAUGCAUGUUGUCUUGUA